AUGCAGCUGUUCGUACGUGGUCAAAAUGAACAUGCCAUGGAAUGUGAUGCAUUUGAUACUAUCAAACAGAUCAAGGAAAAAUUGGCUAUCUUGGAAAAUAUUGAUGGAGAUUUAAUUUCAUUAUAUAAUCAAGGUCAACCACUUGUUGACACUCAACUUGUUGACGACUUAGUCAACUACAAUUUGGAUCUUAUUGUUCCAUUGCUUGGAGGCAAAGUUCACGGAUCCCUGGCUCGUGCCGGUAAAGUUAAGGGACAAACUCCAAAAGUUGAAAAAGUUGAAAAGAAAAAGAAGAAGAAAACUGGACGAUCAAAGAGACGUAUUCAGUACAACAGGCGCUUCGUAAAUGUUGUUCAGACUUUCGGACGCAGGAGAGGGCCAAAUGCCAACUCUUAA